AUGCAUCGCUUAAUAAAUUCUUUUAGUGAGAAAGAUAUUCAGGGUCCAGCGAAUGGUACAUUAAAAGAUAUUCAUGCAUAUGCAAAAGAAAAUACUGAUCAUGCCAAUAGUUUUCAUACUCAACAAAUCUUACAAUGUGAAGCUAAAACUUGGCAAGAAACAUUAUAUAAAUUUUAUUUUCGUACUAAUCGUCUCUAUAAACAAAUAAAUUAUUAUGGUUGGCGUUUUGCUGAAUUACAUAUUUUUAAAUUAGUUCUACUUAUAAUGGUUCUUAUAUCUACACUUAAAGUAUGUGGAUUUAAUACAAUAUUAAUUAUUUUAGUAACAAUUGGUUUAACAUUCUUUCAUCUUCGAAAAUUAAUAAAUUUAUUAACAUUAAGUGCUACGGGUCUUUAUAUUCUUUUAUCAAUGUGUUAUCAAUUCGAAAUAGUCAAACAACAUAUAAUUGAAAAAAAUUUUUUUAUUAAAAAUUCUUCUCAUAUUGAUUCAAAUAUGAGUUUAAUACCAAAUGAUACGGCUAAAUGGUUUGGUCUUGAAUCCACACCAAAUAUUGAUCGAUUUAUUGGUCUUUAUAUAUUAUUAACAAUUUGUUUAACAUUUGAUGCAAUAGAACGAUAUCGAAAAAAACAUCGUCGUUUAUUAUUAUCAGUUCGUUUUAAUGUUCAUCUUGUUGAAAAUCGUUUUCCAAUUUUAUUUCAACCAUUUGCAUUAAAAACUAUAAAUGAUGAUAAUACAUAUGAAUUUGAUAUCGUUAAUUAUCAACAAGCUGAUCAAGGAAUUUAUGAUUUUUUGAAAUAUUUAGCAAAUUUGAUUUUUUAUAGAUUUGGUUUAGAGAUAUGUUAUAUAACAACAGUUAUUGUUGUUGGUAUUC